AUGGGUCGCAAUAGGAAGAAGAUCCUCCAAGACGUCAUCGACGACAUACCGGAUGCCAAACUUCAAGGCUUUCCGGAUGAACCAGGGACAUUAUAUCACGCUUUGAAUCUCCGACUUGAUAUACAGGGCAUAACCUCCAACUACAAGUGUAAUUUACAAGUACAAGUCAACAGACGAGCGUCAACGACCUCACUUCGUCCGCAUGCACCAAAGACAGUUGCGGAGCCCGUCUUAGUCCCUCCAACCUCGCCCGGUAGAAAGCGCAAGGUCAAGUGUCAGCUCACCGAUAAGGAUGUCGAUACUUGCGCUGAGUGCAUCAAGAGUGGCACGCAAUGCACUAUCGAAGCCCCUGACACCGACGAAAAUUUAGGAAGCUCUCCGAGUCAUGCGCACAAGAAAGAAUACGAUUCAAGACUAGAGCGCAUCGAAUCUCUCCUGAGAAAGCUAGUGGAUGCCCAUGAGCAGCAGUCCAGUUCAUCCGCACAGUUACCGACCGCAUCCUCGUCUAUUUGGAACGACUUUCUGCUUAAUACACCGGUCGAUGAUAUUCUUUCUCUCGCCGACGACCGUGGUCUGGCCACCCCACAACAACCAGAGACGCCAGACGCCAAGAAGUCACUUGUAGCUCUUCUGCCUUCUGAACAAGACGCAGUAACCAUCGUUACAAACUCCACUGCUUGGCGCUGGGGAGCAGAAAAUCCUCCUGGGAGCGUUCUAAAGUCAGACGACACAAUGAGGCUCCUCGAAACCGCUACCAUUUCGAGAGGCAGUGCAAUCCAUGUCGCUAAAACCUUGCUAUUAUUUGCUCUAUACAUGCAACAACUCCCUUCUACUUUCGAUAUGCAGCUUUCAAAAUGUGAAAGCGUCGAAAAGGCCAUUGAAUUGAUUGUGGAGCAAGUCGGCUUAUUCAUGCUCUCUAACGAAGACGAUACUUGCACUUUAGACGGCCUGGAAUGCUUGACUUUGCUAAGUUUGAUCCCACUUAAUGAUGCUGCUAUACGGAAAGCGUGGAUGGCUUUUAGAAGGGUUCUCGACGUCUCUAGAUUAAAUGGGCUCCAGAACAGCUUCUCGCUUUCCGCGCGCAACUCGUCUAGCAGCGACAUGGCCCUUCGCAGACGCCUGUGGCUGUCGGCUGCCUGCGGGGACUGCUACUGUAGUCUUCUCCUUGGACUUGAACCUGGUGUUGGCCUCGAACCGUUUGGUCCUCAGAGCGAACGAUGGAGUGACCCAUCUGCUGAUGACGAUGCUAAUGUUCAGCGCCGGAUUUGUCUCAUCAUGGUGCGCAUUGCACAGAGAAACGUACUGGGCCUGCACCAUGACCGUCAUAUACUCCAAGAUAUAGAUAUGGCGUUAAAUGAACUGCAAGACCCUAUGUUAUCCGAUUGGUGGAAAAUCCCAUCGUUUCGCGAGGGUCGAUCACUAGAUUCAGCCAAAGAGCCUAACCGUCUUGUAUGCCAGCUAUGGUUUCUGCAAGCACAAAUAUUUACACAUAUGCCCAUCGCUUUUGGAAAGGCAGCCGCUGAAGCAAUACACAGUCUCGAUACCUGUAUAGAAGCAUCCAGGUUUACUCUUAACCGGUACAUUGGGUUGCUAUACGCAAGAGAUCAGCUAUCUCGUUGCAGAACAGUUGACCAGGCAGUUUUCUUUGCUGCAGUAGUUCUAAUUCUUGCGAAAGUUCAGGUUCGACAUCUCAAGAUGCCUUUCACGGCCUCAAAAUACGAUUCAGACCGAGCUUUGGUGGAGCAAGUCGUUGAUUCCUUUGAAGCCGUUGGGAAAAUAAGCCACAGAGAGCAUGUAGGCAGGGACAUAUUUCACAUUCUCUCUUCCUUGCUGAACAUUUCUGGAUCACAAGACCUCUUCUCAAAAGACGACUCAUCGUGUAAUUCUGAGGUUUUUGGUGGGAGUCAUUUGGCCACGUCUAAGUCUGGGAUGGAAGAUAUAAUUGCAUCUUCGAUCCAGCCAGUCCUUGAUCCGCAAAGCCCGGCUUCACAUUUGAUAGCCAUUUUUCUCGCAACUAGUCGGUUUGCACCGGCAGCUCCAAAUAACAGUCAAGAACUUUCGCCCAGAUUUAAAGGAAUUGGCUUUGAUGAUUUCAUAGAUACAACUCUUCUCUAG